AUGCUGGCGGCGGCGCGGCGCCAAUACGCGGCGCGGAGGUGGAGCCGCAUGCGAGUGCGUGUCCGCCCGCGUGGCGUCCACUCUCCCUCCACGUUUCGGCGUCCUCCUCGCCUUCCCGGGAAUCUCCUCCAGCAACUGACCCUCCCCUUCCCUUCGCUCCCUGGACUCCCCCGAGCACUGCUACCAGUAGUACCAGCAUGCCUUCAGGUCUCCACCAAGCGCAGACACCGCAGCAGCAGCACGAACUGGCGAUCUCCGUCGCGUCCAGCCUCCUCCUCCGGUGAUCGCCGGACGGGCGGGAUUGGAACCAGCGGAGCGCAGCCCACCUUCUUCCGCUGCUGCAGAUUCUCGAUGGAGAUGGAUGGGGUUCUGCAAGCCGCGGAUGCCAAGGACUGGGUUUACAAGGGGGAAGGCGCCGCGAAUCUCAUCCUCAGCUACACCGGCUCGUCCCCUUCCAUCAUGGUUCAUGUAUGUGUUUCUAGGGAUUUUCUGGAGCUUGUUGAAAAGAAUGUUCUUAGCAGCCGUCCUGCUUGGAGAGUAAAUGCAAGUUCAAUUGAUAACACUGCUGAUGCCGCUCUUCUAAUACCAGACCACUCAUUAUUUUCUGGUAAUCCUACGGGUAGCAGCUGCAUAGCUGUAGAGAUAAAGGCCAAAUGUGGGUUUCUGCCAUCAUCAGAAUAUAUAUCAGAAGAUAACUCUAUCAAGAAACAAGUAAUGAGAUAUAAGAUGCAUCAGCACCUCAAAUUUCAUCAGGGUGAGAUAUCGAAGACUAGUGAAUACAAUCCUCUUGAUCUAUUUGCUGAGUCAAAAGAAAGAAUACGCAUGGCCAUCAAGUCAUUUUUCUCAACUCCUCAGAACAACUUCAGGAUUUUUGUGAAUGGAUCUUUAGCUUUUGGUGGCAUGGGAGGUGGUGCAGAUAAUGUUCAUCCUGCUGACACCCAGAAGUGUAUUGAAGAUCUCAGCAAGCCUUGUUUGGUCUGCAAAAACCUAACUGAUGUAGAGCUACUGCGGAAGUACACUCUCUUGCAUUCUCUUCCGUUGGACAUGAGCCUGAAGAUUGUUAGGGAAUUUCUCAUUUCUGCUACUGCAAAGGACUGUAGCCUGAUGAUCAGCUUUCGGCCAAGAGAGAAUGGAAGUACAGAUUCUGAGUAUGAUUCAGUGUUUCUUGAAUCAGUGAAGCGAACCUAUGAGUACAAGGCAUAUUUUGUUGAUCUGGAUGUGAAACCUCUGGUUAAGAUGGAACAUUAUUUUAAACUGGAUCAGAAGAUAGUCAAUUUCUACACAAGAAAUGGGGAGGUCGUGCCACCUCCGAUGGACACAGCAGUGGUAGCUCCAGGUGGGAGCAAGACACCUGCCGGCCAGCACUUUAUCAGGCAAGGCCGGAGAAAGCGGCGGCAAAGGGACCCUGCGGCGUCCAUGUCGAAGGUGACGGUGCUCAAGGUGGACACCUCCUGCGCCAAAUGCAAGCGCAAGGUCCUGCAGGCCGUCACCGGCCUCCAUGGUGUUGACAAGGUCGAGGUGGACUCGGAGAAGAGCACGAUGACGGUGACGGGCACCGUGGACCCGGUGGACGUGAUCGUGCAGGCGAGGAAGGCCGGGAGGCGCGCGUCCGUGCUCACCAUCGGCCCGCCGCCCAAGCCGCCGGCCGAGGAGAAGAAGCCCGCCGAGCAGGAUAAGAAGAAGACGGAGGAGAAGAAGACGGCGGCGGCGGGCGCAGAGAAGAAAGCGCCCGAGACGCCGGCCACGGUGUUCGUCCACCACGUCCCGUCGUGGCCUUCGUGCCCCAGGUACCAGGAGAGAGUAGUGUACGAGCAGGAACCGCCGCCUUGCUCCAUCAUGUAA